AUGAAGUCGUGGGAAGAGCUGCGUCUUCGGGAAGAAGCGCUGGGUGGGCUAUGUGCAGGUGUGGUCGGGACGAUAAUAGGGUUUCCUCUGGAUCUGGUAAAGACUAGAAUGCAGACUGGAACCACAAAGCAAACCACGAUUUUUUCAGUUGGUCAAUCCAUUGUGAAGGAAGAGGGAAUACGCGCCUUGUACAAAGGACUGUGGCCACCGCUCAUAUCACUUUCCAUUUUGAAUACCGUUACCUUUGCGCAAUACUCAAUGUGGAGGGAGUUUUACAAUGCCAACCCUGGAUGGGAUCAACGAAAUUUCUUUGCUGGUAUUUCUUGCGCCCCCGUGUCGGGAGUAGUGUCGACGGUCGAAAAUCUUGUCAAGACACAAAUGCAGUUGGACAACAUUACCACAAAGCAAUAUCGAUCAUCCUUUUCGUGUGUCAAGACACUGAUUCAAUCUCAUGGAGUUGGGAUAAUCUACACGGGACACAUGAUCAAUACAGUUCGAGAGGCGACCUUUUUGGGGAGUUACUUUUUUGUUUACGAAGGAUUGCGAGAGGGACUUGUCCGUUCAUCAGCCUUUGCCAAUCAUGUCCAAGUCGCGAUUCCAAUUGCUGGAGGGCUUUCUGGGGCCUUUUCUUGGUUCCUAAGCUUUCCCCUGGACUGUGUUCGAGCAGGAGUACAAGGCCAAAGGCUUCCACCGCAACUUGGUGCCAGACAAGUUUUGGUCUCUCUUUUGCGUGAGCGUGGAGUUUGGUCCCUAUAUUCAGGGGCCAGUGCAUCGAUAGCUCGAGCAUUUUUGGUCAGUGGCAGCCGUUUCAGUGCCUACGAGGGAGCAUUGUGGAUGUUGAGGGGAGGGCGAAACUACGAACGUCACCAUGACUAA